GCCUGCAACGUUGUUUCAAGUGAUUUUGCCGGGUGUUACAGUGUGGGCCCACUGAUAUUUGUUACAGUUAAAGUGCAUUUGUAGUGAACUGUGUUAUUGUUAUCUUGCUACAGAACUACUGAAUUACCUCAGAUCCUGUGUGAAAGGAGGGAAACUUGAAAUGUGAUUUAUUGUAUAUUCCACCAAUUGUUUAUUUUGCAUUAAUUUUAUUAAAUAUUUUUCCAACGAAGAGAACUUAUUUAAUCAUAUACCAGAGUGGUGUUUGAUUGUUUUAUUUGAAAGCCAGUUAUCAUAUUUGAGUUUUACAUUUUGACUACAUGGGAAGUUAAGAUAGUUGACACUAGCCAACAGCAGUCUUAGAAGUUACAGUUGUGAGUUUUCUCGUCCGACAUUUCAGCUUUUUGGCGGCGAAAAGCAUUCUGGGAGAUCUGGCUAUCUGAAGUCCACACAAGUCACCACCGAUGCAGGCUCGGUAAAACGGGCGGAGCAAGAACACAUUCGGGUAUUUGACUGUAUUUGGCUAGAUGCAGACUUUGGAAUUGGAACAGUACUUUGGCUGCGACUCAUGACGUUUCACAAGUCCACAAGAACACCAGUACAGAAAAGCACGCAGAUUGAGAAACAGUCUGAGUCUCAGUGUUGAUAUUAAGCAACUAUAUUCUAAAAGAACUCAGGGCCCAGCCCAAACUUACUUUCUAAAGGGUAGGAACAUUGCACUAAUCCAUUUGAGAAGCUGGGACUGUCAAUUGUUUGCGUUUUGCUUGAGAAAUCACUAUGUUAAUUGACAUAUCGUUGUGGCUCUGUGGUGCAGCUCCUGGAGACCUAACCCAGUUUUGAGAUCAGUGUCUUUCUCAAGAGCAAUGGCAGGAACAGCUUUACAAAGGUGGUAUUUACUGUUCAGUUUGUGCUUUUGUGACAAACCAUCACCUCCAAAGUGGUCCAAAGCACUGCAGGUGCAAAGCUUUGUGGUAUUUUUGUGUUAGAGUGGCAUUUGGCUUUGACUUAUAUUGAUACAAUGACAUUAAAUGAGAUGUGUCUGUACACCUACUUGCUGAUUUGAAUACUACCACAAAGGCCCACCCAUUGUACAAAACAAAAGCUGUUAUUUUGCGGUAAUAAAGUUUAAAUGGCAGGAUUCUUACAAUUCAGCUUCUGGUGGAUGCCGUGUAAAUCUAGCUCAAAAUGCUCUGAGUUAAUAACAUUUAAGCUAACUUUAAAUGACCUUGACCUUAAUUAGUGACCUCUGAGGGGCUCCACAACAUGAUUAUGACUCAUUUAGUGCCAAACAAGACACUGCUGGAAAUGACUAAAAACCCCUGAUAAACUGCUAUUAUAUCCAUGUAGGUGUGUGAUAAGGGUCUUCUAAAAGUAUCAUAUCUCCGGUGUCAGUGUUUAGAAUCAUCUCAGUACUGAAAGCUAUAUUGGUUGUGUUUUGAGUAAAUGUUAAAAAUUAUAUGAGUAAGGAGGUGCUUUGUAAUAAUGAAGACAUUUUUGACAGUCAGUAGAACACAGUCUCUUUGGUGAAGAAAAGGAUGCUUAAAGUUCAUCAAUGUCUAUUUUUAUGUCAUUUCCUCAACUGAAAAUGUAUUUAACAUGUAAAAAAAGAGAAUUAUUUGUAUUCCUUUAUUUAGCUGUCACAAAUAUGAUGGCUUAAUUAUUAUGUAGAAGAUCAUUUCAGUUUCCUGUUGACUUUUUUUUCUUCUGGUUAGCUUUUGCAUAUUCAUAGCAGCAGCGUGGAUGUGGUGGGAAGGCACCACACAGACACCGCUCAAAGGUCUGAAACCACAUCCUUAGUCACACCACUCAUGAUGACGCCUUUGCUAUGACAUUGUUCCAUUAGACAUUCUCACACAGACAUCAGUGCAUUAGUGACUCCGUUGGCUUGUUGACUGAUUAAUUGGCAGGGUUUUUCAUUUUAAAAAAAGUCCCCAUGGCUCUGAAAUCUGUGCUCUUAUUGCUGCUGUGGGACCUCCAUUUGUUUAUUUAUGGUGUCACUUCUUUGUGCAAAGUCACCUGCUCAACGGACUACAGUGUCUCAUUGAACUGUUCCUGUGCAGGCUCUGUGCCAACACAUCCUGUCAUCCUAGAAGUCAAGUGCUGGUACAGUGAUGGACAACUUAAUGUUACUGGCAGCUGUGAAGUAACACCGCUUCAAUCCUGGUGCAUAAUGUAUCCGGAAAUGCUUGAGGACGUUGCAUCCAUUGGAACAAUGUGUACUGCGAGUCAACAAGGUGAUCAUGUAUUAAUGAAUGCCAGUGAGUCAUCCAGCUGGGCACUGAGUGAUGUUGUGAAACCUCCGCCUCCUUUCGAUGUUCAAGUGACAAACACUGACGGAUUCUACAACAUCACCUGGAACUAUGACCCACCUGAAGACUGUCUCACUUACACUGUCCGUAUAAGAGAAAGCAAAGACUUGUCAAAGGAACCAGCUUAUUCCCUGUUAGUGGAACAAAAGCACAUUCUUUUAGACCCUAAGAAGCUGCAACCGCGUGUCAACUAUACGGUGGAUGUUCAGGGCAAAUACUGUCCUGGCUUUCUCUAUGCGGGUCCAUGGAGUGAGUGGAGUUCCACUGGAGAAUGGAGGACUACAGGAACUUCUGCAGAGAUUGACGGAAGUAAGGGAUUUUGGUGGUGCGUGCCCAUUUUGCCUGUUGUGCUCCUUGUCCUUGCUCUCCUGUUGCUGGGUUAUUUACAAAAAACGUACUGGCAGAAAAAAUUCCAGCUGAUUACAUACAUCCCCAGGGCAAAUGAUUUUUUCAAGCCCCUUUACCACAACUAUGGAGGGAACUUCAAGGAGUGGGUGAAGCCUGUAUUCAGCGAGUAUGAUUACCUGAAGAUCAACUCGCAUGUUCAGAUGAUGAGUGAGAAGCAGCACGACGUCCUCCAAUGGGACAAUGAGAAACAAAGCUGCAGCAAGGAUAACCAGAUGAAGCAAGGUGGCAAUUUCCUCCAUAUGCUGCAGUCUCACAGCAACUCGCUGCUGCUGUUCCAGGAUGGUGGCAGUUUACAGGGCACCGGUCACUCUACCGGACACAUCUCCAUCCAUACUGUUACCCUGUCUGGAGAAGAAGAGCUUGAGGACGAAGUCGUGUCACAAAGCUCUGUUAACACCCUCAGAAGUUACCAAGAUGGAGAAAGCUUUGGUUCAUUUGAAAAAGACAACAGAGAACACGCUGGCUAUGAUUUAGAGGAACCUCAGAUGUCCAGGAUGGACAGACAAAGUGGAAGAUUAUCACAUCAUGAAAACCAAAUAUCCAAUGGCUUAUCAGUGGAACGUAUAAACUUUCAGCCACGUGUCCAGCUUAAUGAACCAGAGAGGGUAUCACUUGACUCAUUCGCCUCAAAUGAGCAGUCAGAAGACGGCUACCCUCACGUGGACUUGGACACCAUGGACAGUGGUUUUGGAGAGUGCAGCAGCCCUGGAGCCUCAGACUCAAACAUUGCUGAACAGAUAGAUUCAAAUUUAUUUCAUGAGCACAAAAGCUCAAAUUCUAACUACGUCAAGCAGUGGAUGAUAUGUAGCACUAUUGAUGAAGACUCCAGCAACUCAGAGAACAAACUCCACGAAACACAGUGAUUACCGCUGCUGGUGUAUUGCCACAAUCACAGUUUGUAGUGCUGUGGGACACACAUUUCAAAGAUGGAUGUUAUUGUUGACAUUUCCAGAAAAUGUACUUUGAUUAAAAGUUAAAUGGAAGUAUCUGCUCAGUACAUAAUCCUGAAUAUAAUGUCCAUCUUGAAAUGUUUUAGUUGUGCACUUUGUACUAUGUAUAUAGUCAGAUAUUUUUGUAUUUAAAACAAACAUUUGUUAUUGUGUUUGUGUUUGUAUUUGUUUUUAAAAGACGAUUGAAUGAGAGAGGAGAGAUUUGGUUGAAGAGAGAGAUGGAUGACAUGGAGAACACCAACGUAAUGCUUGUAUUUUUCAGUGUUGAAUUAUAUUAAGGACAUCAAUUAUUAAUGGAUCAUUUAAAGACAGAAAAGGGAAAUGGAAUAAAAAAUCACAUGUUAUGAUCUUUUCAUUCUUUAGUUUUUUUUAUAUUUGAAUGCUAAUUGAAUUAAUCAACUUAAAUUUAAAACUUUUUUUAAUGUAUCAAAUUAUUAAUAGAUCAUAAUAAUGCACCGAGAAAGGCUAUAGUAUUUAGAUGGGCCACUCCAGACUCCAUUGACAUUCAACAUGGGACAAAAUGUUGCAUAUUGCUUUGAUUUACACUGCCGGAGGAUGCUUUUUGCCAUUUAUAUCACUAUAUACGGUACACAGCGUCAUAUUAUCAUGGUGUGCAUGCUUGAUUAGCUUGUACUGUCGCACCAGCAUGCACACUGCAUUAUCAAGAUUUCUGAUAAUGUCUGCUUUCCUUGCACAUGCAUUUUGUCGGUAACCACUCUAACCAUCUGUUCUGUUUUGUGCAAUGUCAGUAAAAAGAGCAAACUUGGAGCAACUUAUUAUCAUCUGUAAACAAUCAUUUCUCUGGUCUUGACCUCAUUCAUUGGAGGGAAGUGGAGAAACAUACUACAAGGAUAAACACUGACAAAAAUUUGA